AUGAUUACUACUACUACAAGUACUAGAAGUAUUACCGCUACUGAUACUACUGAUACUACUAUCGCCAACACCAUCACCAUCCGUACUACUACUGCUGCUACUGUUAUUACUAUCAAAACUAUUACUACUACUGCGAACGGUGCUGUUAUUACUACUACUACUACUACUACUACUGCGACUAUUCCUGUUGUUGAAUCUACUAUUAUUAGAACUGCUCGUGCUGCUAUUACUACUGCUAAUUCUUCUGGUACUACUAUCACCACUAUUGCUACCAACCAUAUUACUGCUGCUACUACUGUUAUUGCUAUGAAAACUAUUACUACUGCUACGAACGCUGAAGUUACUAUUAUUAAUACUACUCCUUCUAUGACUAAUCCUGCUCCUGCUGCUGCUGCUGCUGCUGCUGCUGCUGCUGCUGCUGCUAUUGCUACUACGAGUGCUACUCCUACGACUGUUCCUGCAAAUCCUUCUAUUGUUAUUAUUACGGCUGUUCCUGCUGCUUAUGUUCUUAAUACCACUAUUUCCAUUAUGCCUACUACGACUGCUGCUGGUACUGCCUCUAUCCUUAUUGAUACCACUGUUGCUUCUGCUGCUUCUGCCGUUACUAUUACUGCUCCUGCUGCCGCAUCCGUUUGCCGCUGCUGCUGCGGUUGCAGCUGCUGCUACUAG